AUGUUGCCCAGGGGAGCCUCGUCCAUGCCGCCUCCUCCCAACCCCGCCGCCUACUUCCCGCCCCCCCGGGUCACUCUGCCCUCGGGGCUGGAGAUCCUGCGCACCUACUCGGGAGCCUUCAUCUUCCUGGAGAUCCUGUUUGGAACAAUAGUCUGGAUUUUGGUAGCAUCUACAAAAGUUCCACUGCCGCUGCUGCAGGGAUGGGUAAUGUUCGUAGCGGUGACUGCGUGGUUCCUCUCCAUCGUGUUCCUGUGUGUGUUCCUCUUCGGUUAUGCAAAUAGAAUUGCCGUCAACUGGAACCAGACAGACUUUCUUUUCCAUGGGGCUACUUUUGUCUUUUAUUUUGGAGCUUUUCUGCUGCAAGCAGCAACCACAUCUCUGCAUCACUUCCCCCGCAGAUUCAAUUCCACCACACACGAGAAGAUUCUAGCUGAUCAUGAAUAUAACAUAAGCAUAGCAGCCUCGAUUUUUGCCUUUGCAACAGCUGUUUGUUAUGGUUGCAGCACAGCCAUGGCAUUAAGGAGAUGGAAGCUAUAGCGGUUGAAGAGACGUUAACGCCUGAGUGUUCCACUUUAGAUCAAAUUAAAUACUACUUGUC